GAAAGGCAUUGGUCGACUGGAAAUCUUCGCAUGCGCUUGACCGAAGUAUUCGACGGAACAAAAUUCAUUUCAAUCUUUUUAAAGCAGCGCGGAAACGAAUUUUUUAGGAAUGGCAGAUAUUAAACAAGAUCAUAAAACCGAGGAUGCUGACAAUUAUGGAAUGGGUAAUAGUGCCGAUCCAAAGAAUAUGCAGGAAUUAACACAAUACGUGCAAACAUUGUUACAAAACAUGCAAGAUAAAUUUCAAACAAUGUCAGAUCAGAUUCUUGGAAGACUAGAUGAAAUGGGAAAUAGAAUAGAUGAUCUUGAAAAAAAUAUUGCAGAUUUAAUGACACAGGCUGGUGUAGAAGGCGGUGAUAAAUAAUUACAUUUAUUGAAAAAGUGUCUCUGAUAUUUACAGAGAGGCAUGUAAUCGUCAAGAUCAAUAAAUAUGAUUGCACGGAAACAAUAUUUGUAUGACAUUGAAAUGAACUUUUUGGUUACAAAGAAAUAAAUUAACAGUUUUUACAAUGA